GCCCGGGGUCCUCAGCCGCCCCAGCGUUCUCGCAACACUCUUCCAAGAUGGCAGCCAACAGUACCAGCACGGGUAGCAAGUCCAGCAGCGGCAGUGCUGGGGGGAAACAGUCCGGCCCGUCCGCCGAGCAGGUCGUAGCGACGUUUCAGAGGAUGCGUCAGGAGCAGCGCAGCAUGGCCUCUAAAGCCGCGGAGCUGGAGAUGGAGAUCAACGAGCACAGCUUAGUAAUUGACACCCUGAAGGAAGUAGACCCGUCUAGGAAGUGCUUUCGUCUGGUCGGAGGAGUGUUGGUGGAGAGGACGGUAAAAGAAGUUCUACCGGCCUUGGAAAACAACAAAGAACAGAUCUCAAAGAUUAUCGAGUCCAUCAACACACAGAUGCAGACGAAAGGGCGGGAACUCACAGAGUACAGGGAACGCUACAACAUCCGAUUGGUGGGAGAAGGCAAAUCAGAGGCACAGAGCCAAUCGGCGGCGUCCUCCAGGGAGAGCGAAGGAGGCGGGUCCAAAGGCGGAGCCGGCGUUUUAGUGUCGUAAUUUUGCAAUGAUAGUAGGAUCCCGUGAUUUCUGCAAUACUGUAAACAUAAGUGGAGUCACACAAUCUAGGUUUAAAUAAAAAAAAGAACUCUCAAGUAGACACAGGAAACUUGGCAUUUGAAGAUUCGGGGUUAAAAUUUCUGCAAAAAAAAAAAAAAAAACAUGAAAGAAUUUGUUAUUUAACUCAUUUGUUACAUUCAUAGAUGAACAGAAA